AUGUAUAAGAAAAAAUAUCUUGACUUAAUAUUUUUCCUAAUUAUAUCAUUUAUUUCUUUUAAUAUUUUUUUAUCAAUAAAUGCCAAUCCUUAUUCUGUUAGUGGAUAUAAUGGAAAUACACAAAAUAUAAAUGUUGCCAUUAAUACACUUUCAAAUUCUCGUAAACGUAGAGAUAUUGAAAAAGGAAUAGAUGAUAAUGAUAAUGAAAGUGGUGAUUUUGAUCAAAAUAGUUGGAAUAUACCUUCAGAUGUUGAGGUUCAUGAUGAUAAUGGUACUGAUCAUCUUUAUUAUGAAAUGAAAAUAUACUCAAAUAAUGAGACUAUUUUUAAAAAAUAUUAUAUUGAUGUUGAGGAAAUGUUAAAAGAACCUGGUACAGAGGGUAGUAUUGAUCAUCCACAAUUAGUUAAUUCAUAUCGUAAAGCUGUUGGUAUUCAUUUAAAUAAUACUUAUCGGUUUUAUGGACAUACACUUCAACAAGUAACUAUUGCAACAGGUGGUUUUUGUUAUGUUGGUGAUCAGGUACAUUCAUGGUUAGCUGCUACACAAUAUAUUGCACCAUUAAUGGCAAAUUUUGGUACAGAAAAUAUGGAUUCAUCAAUUUUAUAUGCUGAUGAUGGUAAAAAACUUGUUGUUGAAUGGAGAAAUGUUUUUGUUAGAGAUCAUGUUGAAGCUGGACCAUUUAUUUUUCAAAUGUCAUUAUAUGCUAAUGGUGAUAUAGUUUUUGUUUAUGAUAAAAUACCACUUAAUCCACAAAAUAUUACUGAAGAAAAUCAUCCAAGAAAGAUUGGUAUUAGUGAUGCAUAUACAUCAGAGGAACCUUUUGGUUCAAUACUUGGAUCACCAAGAAGAUCAAAUUCUACAAAAAGAGUUAUUUAUGAAUAUCAUAAAAUUUCUGUUCCAUUAGAACAAAUUACAAAUAAAACUGUUGUUUAUAUUAUGGCUAAACCAAAUUGUAUACAGAUAGAAAAUUGUGAAGAAUGUUACUCAUCAAAUCUUCAACAUUUUGAAUGUUCUUGGUGUAAUGAUGAAACUACUAAUACAGGUUUUUGUUCUGAUCAAAAUGGUUUACAUAGAAGAAGGCAAGAUUGGAUACAAAAUCAUUGUCAUGAAAAAAAACUUGAUAAUAUUGAAUAUUGUAAAAAUAUUAACUCAACAACUACAACAACUGUUAAAACAGUUACUGAAAAUGAUGAAUCUAAAAAAAGUAAUACUACUAAUGAUUCUAAAAAUACCAAUAAAGAUAGUGUAGUUAGUGAUAAUAUUGAUGGAACUAAAAAUGGAAGACAUUUUUCUUAUUUAUUAGCCAUAUUUGUACUUCUUAUAAUAUUUGUUGCUUGUUGGGUUGCUUAUGCUUACUAUAAUCCAUCAACACCAUCAGGUCAAUUUCUUAUCAAAUAUCGUUUCUCCCAGUGGCGUAUUCCAACAAGUCAUGUCCGUUAUAGUGCAUCCCUUCAUACAUAA